AUGCCGUCUCCAAUGCCUUCGCCAACUGCCUCGCCCAAGCGGAGAGCGCUCCACGAACGCACCCCAUCCCAGACCAACGAGCGACCGGCAUCGCCUCUGAUCCGUCUGGUGAAUGAGAGGAAGGAUGACAUCGAUUUCUACUCGGCCACGCCCUAUCCAACCAAGCCCGCCCAGAUUCUCCCGCCUAAUCCCGGCAAGGGCCAGGGAUUCGCUGAUGAACGAGGUUUUCGCGUUUCAGAUCUCUCCCUAAGCUCCGCUGUCACGUCGCACCCAGCCACCGGCCACGUCGAUCCGGGCAGGGAUGCGAGCAAUGCCUGGGAAUUGUCGUCCUCAGUCGACAUCGGCAACUCCUCGUCCCAGGUCUGGGAGGAAGACCCCAAGUCCAGCCGCUCCUCCUUCCCGGACGCCGAUGACGCCAAUGACACCAAGACCGUCUCUGGUCUUCCGUCUCUCAAUCCUGAAGCCCGACAGGACGAGGACGAUAACAACGAGGAAGAGGAGAAGGAGGAAGAAGAAGAAGAAGAAGAAGAGAAAGAAGACGACAGCGACGACGUGAUUGCUCUGCCCCGAGUCCGGCCAACCGUCAAGGCUGUGCCACCUGAAUCCUCAUCCCCGAGAGCCGGAUCGGUCACCGAUUCUCCCAGUUCAGAUUCCAUCGCUCCCGACGACCACUCGUCCAGUCCCAACGUGGUCCCGAUCGGGGUCCCGUCCAGCCCGAAUUUCGUGCCGCUCGACAGCUCCAGUCCGAACGUGAUCCCCCUCGGAAGCUCAUCCCCAAACGUCGUCUCAGAAAGGCUAUCGGACUCGUCCCUUGCGUCUUCGUCUCUGGCAACGGUUAUCCACCAUCCUGCUGCCGCUUGGAGGACUCCAUCGUCUGAGGGCGCAAACUCGCAAUCGGGAUCGUUUCAGUCGAGUCCGCCGGCGUCACUCGCGCUUUCGCCCGUCCUGUCUACCCGGACCCGGUCUCGCACCGCCUCGAGCGGUAGCGCCCGUUCCGCAGCCGAUGUCCAGGCCGUCAUCGAUAGCGGGGUUCCUGUUCAAUACCCCACGAUUCGCGCGCCGUCCUCGAGUUCAUAUGCAGAGUCCACUUCGGCUCCGCAGCGGCCGGCGCGAGCCAUGACGGACCGACCCUCUGGGCGCUGGAACCCACGCCUGUCCACGGUGCCGUCGCAAUGGUCGGAGGAAAACAAGCCCAGCACGCCAUCUGCGAGCGGCAGCAGCGAGCUGGUCAGCGCUGGCAAGUCGGAAACGGGCCGAUUGCGCAGCAAAACCAAAUCGACGAUCUGGGUUGUGGAUGAGUCGUCGGGCGACGAGCAUCUCGACAGCUUGUCGAAUCUUCCUCAGUCCUCCUUGCGCCAUAUCCCUUCCGCUGUUCUUGGCAGCCACUCGUCAAGCUCGCGAUCGAACAGUGUCCGAAGCCUGAAGCGCCCGGGCUCCAGCUCCAGCUCGAGUGUCGUUCUCAACACGCUUCCGAAUUGGGUACGACUGUACUAUAGCGGGACUCACUCCGGAUUCCCUUUCGUCGACAGCCGGCCGUCGACGGCUUCCCGACCAGCAUCGCCUGUGCGGUUCAUCAGCCAAGUGCCCGGCUCGAUAUCGCGACCACGGACCCGUCCGCGUGAGAAUAGUGAAAAUCCACCACCACCACCACCACCACCACCACCACCACCACCACCGCGACUGAUCCUCGACCACCCGGCUGAUCCUCGCAGCCACUGGAAAGGAGGACAACAGGCGAACCAAGUCACGGAGGGGGAGCGGCUGCCGUCCGAUCAACUGACCACUUGGCUCAUCGCCGCCUUCCUCCCUCUUCCACCGAAGCCUGCCGCGGAUGAAGAGGCCACGGCUGGGUCCAGCAUUGAGACUCGAAUACGCGAAUUCGAAGAGAGGCGCUACCACAACGCACGGUGGUGGAGGAAUGUGAACCGAAUCAUGAUCCCGGUGGGCGUUUCGAUCGUAGCCAUUAUCGUCACCCUGGCUACGGUGGGCACGACGACGGGCUUCCACUAG